CCGAGUCUGAAACCCAUCAUCGGGUCUCAGGUUCCCUCUGGUGUUUGGAACUCGUAUUCCCCCCUGGUCCUGGUCAUGGCGGCUCAGGUCCGUGCUCUGGUGUCCGGGCAGUGGCUUGCAGAUGCCGUCAGGUCUAACCUCGUCGGACCCAAACUUCGCAUCCUCGACUCUUCGUGGUAUUUACCGAAGUUUAAGCGGGAUACGAAAGCAGAAUUUGCCCAGCAGCACAUUCCGGGCUCGUUGUUUUUCGACAUAGACGAAUGUUCGGACAAGAGCUCAGCGUUCGAUCACAUGCUGCCAACUUGCAGCGACUUCUCUCAGUAUGUCGGAGAUCUGGGCAUCGGGAACGACACGCACGUAGUUGUCUACGACACCAGCGACUUUGGCUCGUACAGUGCGCCGCGCGUGUGGUGGAUGUUCCGGCUGUUCGGGCACAAUAUGGUGUCGGUGCUGGACGGUGGCAUGAAGAACUGGCUCGUUGACGGUCACCCGCUGACCUCCGAGUGUACAACGACACCGGAGCGCAGAGAGUUCAAAGCCACGAUGAACCCGUCGUGGGUGAAGAACUACGAAGACGUGCUGGAGAACAUCCGGAGCAAGCAGGCCCAGGUUGUGGACGCUCGGUCAGCGGGAAGGUUCCGGGGGAUUGAGCCGGAGCCCAGAGAUGACACACUGCCAGGCCAUUUCCCCGGUGCAGUCAACAUGCCCUUCACAUCUUUCAUGGACGCCUCUGGAAAGGAGCUGGGAACUGAAGGCCUGUCCAGCUUGUUCAGAGAGGCAGGAGUGGACCUGGAGCGUCCACUGUGGGUCACCUGUGGUUCCGGUGUGACAGCGUGCCAUGUGGUUCUGGCCGCUCACCUGCUCGGGUACUCAGGUUUGUGCGUUUACGACGGCUCCUGGGCCGAGUGGUUCAAGAGGGCACGUCCGGAACAUAUCAUCUCAGAGGGGGAGAAAAAGAAGAUGUGAAUUAAAUGUUACUUUAACAAGGGAAUGGUUUGGUUUGCUGCCGACAAUGAGACGGAUGAAGACCAUGUGUUUAGAGCCAUGUAAUCCUGCAGAGGCCAGAAAAUGAUUUGCUACUUUCAGCAUGAAAGAACUUUAACAAUUUAGUGUAUCUACACAAAUCCAUAAACUAACAUGAAUGUAGUGUUUGAGCCGUCUUUCAAAAAAAUUUCAAGACCAGAGAAGACUGAUUCUUGGAAGAAAUAUGCACUUUGUGAAGGAUCAUAUCAAUAUUUCGCAAUAAAUGGAUUCCUUCUUUCGUCA